CCUACUUGUAAAUCGUAUGUACUUAGUUUAUAAAAACUAUAUUUUAAUAAAAAGCAGACACGUAUUUCGAAAUUUUCUAUUGUUUAUGAUAAACAGAUUAUUCAUCUAAAUAGUAGAUCAUUUUAUCAAAAAACAGAACAAUGUUUGUUCUUAUUGUGAUAUUAGUAUCAACAUUACAAGUAAUUGUAAAAUGUGAAAAACAUUUCGUCAAUCCAGUUCUUCCAACAUAUCCACAGUCUAAGGAAAGUGUAAUUUAUAUGUUGGGCUCAAUGACACCUUACCAUGCGCCAAAGACGUGUACGGAUUCAAAAGCAUUCUUAGUGAUGAGACACGGACCAAAAUUUCCGAAAUCUUCUGUUAUCGCUGAUAUUAAAAAAUUAGAAGAUUUUCAAACUCAUUUUAAAAAUUUGUACUUAAAUAAUGAUGAAGCCUUAAAUGCCUUACCAAAUGAAAGUAGAAUCGUUAUAAAUGCUAUAAUGAAUUGGGAAAAUCAAACGUCUGAUGCCCAACCAAAGGGAAAUACCGAACACGGUACAUUGACAAUAAAAAAAUUAGGAAAACGAUGGAAUUCCAGAUUAAAGAACAUAGUAGUAAAUAUCGAAAAAGCAGAUAUAGAGUUUAAUUCAGAAUCUGCAAAAAGAUGCGUUGAAAAUGGUAAAGAUUUUUUAAAUGAGUUUCUCAAAAUUAAUGAAAACUCAACUGUAAACAAUUUACCUCAAGUUCAGAUAAUAACCGAUAACCGAAUAAAAUUUGAUAAGGAUACAUUUAUACAAGAUGAUGUAAGUCUUAAUUCUACUCCAUCGGAUGAUGUGGAAGAUGUUUAUUAUAAAAAUGUAUGCCCAGAUCAUAAUUGUGAACUAACAACAAGAAUUCGUGAACUAUUAUUUCCAAACCAAUCUACGGAAUUUGAAGAAUGGCGUGCAAAAAUAACAAGUGGUAUAGUGAGGACAAUGUAUUUAGCAUGUGCAAAUAGUUUUGUUUAUAACUAUUCUAUUGAAUCUCAAGGACACGCGUGGUGCUCACUAUUUAAUUAUGAAGAUCUACUAAUGUUUGAACGCAUGCAUGAUAUACAAUAUUACAUUAAAAAUGGAUAUAGUAGUCCUAAAAUUAUGAAUUUUGGUCACCCAAUGAUGAGAGACAUAUUGGAUUUUUUAAGAGACACUGACAGUAAAAAGUUCAAACUUUUUGCUGCACAUACCUCAAAUUGUCUAAGUUUAAUCACCGGAUUUCGUUUGUUUCGAGACAAGGAAACACUGACAAUCAAAAAAAUGGUGGAAAAUGAUAAGGUGAAUGAUAGACUAUGGAAGAGUUCAUUCUUAGGCAAUUAUGCAUGUAACAUAAUGGUUGUAGUCUACGAUUGUGAAAAUGCCAAAAACGAAAAAUCACAGGAAGUUACUAUUUAUUUAAAUGAAAACCCUUUAACGAUAAAACUUGAUGAUAGGGUAAUGUGUACACAAUGCCCAAUAUAUGUUGUUAGAGACUUACUUAGAAUAUUAUUGAAUAAGACUACACCAGAGACAUAAAUGAGGGUGAAGAAGUUUGUUAAUGAAGCUUUGAUUCUCAAUAAAAAUAAAAAUAAAUACAUUUCAUAAAAAUAAAAAUGUUUAAAAUAUAUUACA